CAUGCAUAGCCUAUAUAUAAUCUAAUUGUACUCAUAAUAUUCCCACCCAAUCUAAUAUGGCAAACAUGCGUAGCCUAUAUCUAUAGAGAGAACUAUUAGGUUGUGUUGUUAGAGAGUGACAUUGGCAAGAAUAUGGAGGAGAAGCUGUCAAUGGAGGAAGCACUUGUUAGACAAAGAACAGUGGAAAUAGAAGAAGUGAUUCAUGAAUCUGGGAAGCGCAAGGAUCCAAUCCUUGGAGACAAAAACUGGGUUGCAUCCAUAAUAAAUGCUGGAGCAAGCCAAUCUCAAAAUCCAAAACCAUUGUGCAUCCAAAGGGUUCCACAAAUGCUUCGAAAGACUAAGAAUUAUCAGAAUAACUAUGCACCAAGGGUGGUUUCUGUUGGUCCAUAUCACCAUGAUCAUAACAACCUCAAGCUUCAACGAAUGCAAGAGCUCAAGCCUCGAAUCACAAGUAAGCUGGUCUUAGAUGACCAACAGUUGCUUGAAGACUUACACGAGCGGCUUUUCCAGAAGGUCAAGCAAUUGAGAGAUUGCUAUGAAGAGAAAUCAACAAAUGAAUACAAUGACGAUGAAUUCAUAAGGAUGAUGCUCGUGGAUGGUUGCUUUAUUUUGUAUUUCAUUAACUAUGUCACAGAGCGAAAAGUACAUAAGGUUGAAAUAAAAAACCACAAUGUAGCCUUUAUACGACAGGACUUGUUCUUGCUGGAGAAUCAACUUCCCUUCAUUGUCCUCGAGGAACUUAUUAAUGACCAAAGAAUAUAUGCACAAGGUUACACGAUGAAAAUGAUUGAUAUGUUCAUCGCCGAUAGCAUUAUGGCACCAAAUGUAGGCAAGAAUGCUGAAGAGCUAUGUCCCUUGCAUCUUCUAGAUGUUCUGCACAAAAGACUUGUAGGUUGCAAACAUGUUGAACUUUGUGUAUCAAAUCGAUACACUUUUCGCAAUGUUGAGGAGCUCAUUGAUGUAGGGAUCCAAGUUAAGAAGAACAAGAAGAGUAGUUACUUGACGGAUAUUAACUUUAGUUCAUUUUGUAACUUUGGGAGGCUUGAACUUCCCACAAUAACACGCGUCAGGGCUUGGUGGAUCGCCAAUGACGCGCCGCCGGGAUAG